UGUGCUGAUAAGGUUGCUUGGUUUCAGUUAUUUGCUCUGAAAAUCAAUCAUGGCCUCAAUUCCAUGUACUAUCCAACUAGCCUUGUCAUCAAAACCCUGUAAUUAUUCGUCUUCUUCAAGUGGGUCGAUUCAAUGUUCGUCCAACCUUGGUUCACAGUUUCUGGGUAUCCAAAAGAGGCUCGGAUGGUUCAGACCCUCCAAGAUCGGACCCAGCUCAGGUUCCAGAGCUACAUGUUGGUUCAAAUUCGGUAAAAAUGGUGUCGAUGCUGAGGGUGCUGGCAUUUACGGCAGCCAAACUCGAGAUGAUUUCGACCGCGACGAUGUUGAACAGUACUUCAACUACAUGGGGAUGCUUGCUGUGGAGGGUUCAUACGAUAAGAUGGAUGCUCUCUUAAGCCAAAACAUCCACCCAGUAGACAUCUUGUUGUUGAUGGCUUCCUCGGAAGGUGAUAAGCCGAAAAUUGAAGAGCUACUGCGAGCUGGUGCUAGUUAUACUGUCAAGGAUGCAGAUGGACGGACUGCGCUUGAUAGAGCAGCGAGCGAUGAAAUCAAGGACUUCAUCCUUGGUUUUUCAGUUCAGAAAACAUGAUCAGAACUUUUCUUACAAGAACAAAUUUUUGUAUUUGUUUUUGUGCUUGGUUAUUCGCUUUUCGUAUCCAUCUUUUUAGUUUGUUAUCUGUUCUCCUAGCGAUCAUUGAAGUCCAUUCGACUGGGAUAUUUUAGCAGAUGUAACUGAAAUCAUGCAAUUACUGGUGACAAAAUUUAAUGAUUUCAUCAGAAUUUUUAUAAAACAUUAUCAGAGUUUGUUACAAGACUAAAUUUUUGUAUUUAUUUUUGUGCUUGUUUA